AUGGGACAAAAACCUGAGACUUCCAAGCGACGAAACGGAGGACGAAGCAAGAAGGGCCGCGGCCACGUGAAGGCUGUCCGAUGCACCAACUGCGCCCGAUGCGUGCCCAAGGAUAAGGCGAUCAAGAAGUUUGUCGUGCGAAACAUCGUCGAGGCGGCCGCCGUCCGAGAUAUCACCGAGGCCUCGGUCUACGACUCGUACCCUCUGCCGAAGCUGUACGCCAAGCUGCACUACUGCGUCUCCUGCGCCAUUCACUCGAAGAUUGUGCGUAACCGCAGCAAGGAGGACCGCAAGAUUCGCACGCCGCCGGCCCGCUUCGGCUCGGCCAAGCCCAACAACCGCGACCAGCAGCAGGGCGGCGCCGGUGCGCGCAAUGUACAGAAAUAA